AUGGCGAGGGAGCUUAAGAAAAUGGGUGUGAAGUGUGUGCUGGUUUUUGUGUUGAAUAUAUGGUGCAAGCUGGCAGGAGCAGAGCCUCAAGUACCUUGCUACUUCAUAUUUGGGGACUCCUUGGUGGAUAAUGGCAAUAACAACCAACUCCAAUCAUUGGCUAAAGUGAACUACAGGCCUUAUGGGAUUUUCAUACGUUUGAUCAUAGUUGACAUGUUAAUGAUAGAUUUCAUUGAUGAAGAUUCUGCAGAUGAAGAUUUUGUUGGUGGAGAUUCUACUAGGGGAGAUUCCGUUCUUCAGGCGGUCCAUAGACUCAGCUCGCUCUCCGUUGGGGAGAGGUCGGAAGUUGGAAUGCCUCAUGCCAAACCGCUUCUUUCUCUCCCAAUGAGGUAA